AUGAAGACUACUGGUGCCGUUCUCGCCUUCGCUGGCGCUGCCGCUGCUCGCGACAUUUCUCUGUACAAGGCUGUCCUGAAGCGUGAGGUUCCCCAGGAGCACUCGCACCAGAACAUCCUCGACGUCGUCAACCCCAUCCUGCAGCAGAACAACCCGCUGGCCAUCCAGGACGCCGUCUUCGGUCUGCUCGGCAACGCUGCCGCCGCCAAGGGUGCUCCCAAUGUCAAGGACCUCGACUGUCUCCAGCAGAUCGUUGCCGACCAGGUCUUCACCAAUGCCGUCGCCGCUGGUGACGUCAACGGCCAGGUCAACGCCAUUCUCUACCGUGCCCUGGAGCGCAACACCGGCUCUGUCGGCCUGGAGUCGGUUCUCUGCACGCAGACCGCCGUCAACCCCGAGAUUGCUGCCAUCACCCAGCACCAAGACCCUGCCUCGGCUGCUGCCUCGGGCAACAAGCAAAUUGCCGUGAACGUCGCCAAGCAGAUCGCUGCCGUCGGCGGUGACCCGACCCUGGCCAACGAGGCCGGCACUUUCGCCCCUGGUAAGAUUGGCGACCCGACUGCCAAGGGCAACACCUGCGAUGAUGCCGCCGAUACCGCUGGCUGCAUCAACUCCCAGAAGCUAUUGGUCGCCGACCUGUCGGCUGCUGAGAUCAAGACUGCCGUCGCCGGCGUCAAGGUCAAGUCCCGUGCCUCGGCCUCGGUCAACGUCCAGACCUUCACGGGCGCCCUGGGCGGCCCUCCUCCGCCUGUGGUGAGCUCGGAUGCCGAUCCCAAGCGCCCCUUCUCGGUUGACGGCUCGACCUUUGUCAACCAGGGUGCUGCUCUCCAGCGCUCUUGCUCUGUCCAGCACAACGCCUGCUCCACGGCUGCCAACUCGGGCCAGAUUUCGGGCGGCGUUGCCCAGUGCGAGACCCAGCAGUCCGCCUGCGAGGCCGCCUCGGGCGCUGCCAAGCGCGUCAAGAAGCUCCGUCGCGCUGCUCUUGACUUUGGCUCGUGCUCCAACCCCGCCAUCAAGUUCGCCGCAGGCCUCGACGGCCGCAAGGAGGAGUCGUUCGCGCCGGUCGACUCGGCUCAGUUCAGCCACGGCUCGGCCCUGAACAUCAAGGUCAUCUCGGGCUUCAUUUGCGGCCAGCUCAGCUCCAACUGCAAGGCUGGCGCGGAUGCUGUGUCGGCCUGCAACAGCGCUGCCUCGGCUGCCAACGCCGCCAGCGGCCAGGCUGCGGCGGACGCCUUCAACAGCGCCCUGGGUGUGUCUGCAUAA